UGUUGAAUCCUCCCGCGUCGUCCGCAACGUAGCUCCUCAGGCACUCCCCUAGGUCUCUUCGCCUACCUCGGAGCUCCUGGGGGCUCCCACGCUCGUCGUGCCCGUCCCUCCCGGGUCGGGAGUCCUGCCACAGGUUUUCAAGUAAUGGUCCUAAGGAACAAGGGAAAAAUCAAGUGAUGCCCUCCCCUAGACUCAUUCCCAAGUGGAAGGACUUCAUAUACCUCAUAAAUGAAAAGGCUCAACAAAGUAAGCAGUCCUUAGAAGAACCAAAGAGUGACGUACUUGUGCUAAGUGAUCGGUCCCAGAUACUGUUCAAAGAAUCUCGCUAUCCUCAAAACAUGCCGCUCAUAUGCCCGUACUUCAGUGAUGCCUACUUCUUUGCCUCCCUCUCUUGGGUGUCAUCCUUCACAAAAGAAAUACUGGCUGUAGUGUGGAUGAAGAGCAAAUCUGAGGAUAUGGUUGAGAAGCGAACAUUCUCUAUGACUGAGCGACUGCCACCCAUACAGUCCAUGGUCCAUACAGGUUCCUUUCAUGUCCUUGUGGUCUAUUGUGGUGACCUGAUCCUGAGGAUCUUUGGGGACCAUUUCCGAGCAUUCAAAUCCCUGGGCAUAGUGCCCUGCCGUUUCAACAUUAGCUGCCUCUGCUAUGACCCAGAAAUGAAGAUGCUUUUAUCUGGCAUCCAAGGGGGUGUGGUCACCUGGGCCAUUGAGCAAAGUGGCAAGGGCCUUCAAAUGGUCUACUUGUUUCCCAUGCCUGGUGAUGAGCUUGUCCAGAACAUCCAGCUGAACGGUCCCAAUGACUGCCUUCUUGCCCUGUGUGAGACUGUUGUGAGGGUCCUUGACCGCCAGGGCCAGGGCCAGUUAGGAGAGGUGCAGCGGUUUACAUCAACCAGCAGCGGCUCCUUCAUCACCUGCUGCUUCCCUUGUUUUGAGCAAGGCUUUUUCUAUGCUGGGAACAAGGCUGGAGAAGUCCAUGUGUGGAACCUCAGUCGGAGCCAGCACCUUCACAGCUUCAGGGCCCACUCCUCAGUAGUGGUGUGUAUCCGCAGCCGGGCAGAGGCCCACACCUUGCUAACAGCUGGCAAAGAAGGCUUCAUGAAGGAGUGGAACCUCACUUCAGGGAACCUGCUCAGGCGACUAGAGCUCGGCAAUGAGUUAUUUAACCUCCAGUUUAUUGAUAACAGUACUUUCUUCUGUCAAACAACCCAUAGCUUUUCCCUGCGUCGCCUGCCCUGCUUCUACAGCCUCUUCAAUGUCUGUGGUUCUUCUCCCCAGCAGUUGCGUCGGGUCCGCUGUGGAGAAAACUGGUUCCGCAUCCUGUGUGCUACUGAAGAUGGUCUGUUGCGCUUUGUGUCCCCUAUAACAGGGAAUCUUUUAGUUGUCACCUGGCCAUUGUCAGUCCUGGACCAGGCUGUGGAUUGGGCCUAUGAUCCAGGUAAGGAGGAGCUCUUUGUAGCAACAGGUAACUCAGAGGUGCUGGUGUUCGACACAUCUCGUUGCCCUUGCCCAGCCAAGUAUCUCUUAUGCACCUCACCAGAUCCUCAAGACUUUGUACAAUGCCUGGCUUAUGGAAAUUUCCACCUGGGGCGGGGGCUGGAAGGAUUGAUAUUUUCUGGGCAUCAGAGUGGUGUGAUAAGAGUGCUUUCCCAACACAGCUGUGCCAGAAUCGAGAGACUCAUGCACUUUGGGGCUGUACUGUCACUGUCUACACUAUGUGGAAGUGGCCGAGAAAGCUCUGUGCUCUGUUCCUAUGGAAUGGAUGACUAUAUACAACUGUCAGAAGCUGUGCUUAGUGGGAUCAGAUUACAACUGCAGCCCCUAGCAAGCAUUCUCAGCAGCUGUCACCUAAACCACCUGAUCCUUUUACCAAAGUCUGUUGGUGCCAUCACAGAUACCAAUUGCCUGCGUCUCUGGAAAUUCCAUGAUUUUCUGUCCUUUGGGUCACAGGAAGGCUCCACAUGCAUAGAGACAUUGCCUCUACACCAAUGUACCAUCAUAUCCUUUGAUGUGUGUGUGGCCUUAAGUCUUUUUGUCACAGGUGGUUCUGAUGGCUCUGUUCGGAUCUGGGACUUCCAUGGUAGACUCAUAGCAAUGCUGGACUCAUCACUGCACUUUGGCCCACUCUGCUUUGCAAAUGACCGAGGUGACCUGAUUGUAACUUUCAACCAGAGUCUCUAUCUGGUGCCCUGUUUAGAACUACUUCCCCAAACCCUGUUGUCUCGCCUUGCCCUUAUGAGUUUGACAGAUGAUAUGCAAGAAUCCCCAAAGCCUUUCCUACCAAGCUUCUUCUUCUCCUUUGAGGCAAUGUUUGUGCCCAAAUAUACUUAUGAUCAACGGAACCAGGAAUUAAUGGGUCUGGAAAGUCUUGUCAAUAAGCGAGCCAUUGCCUUUGACCAUUCUGUGCCGCAUGUCAUAGAAGAAGAUGAAGACGGGAGUCCUGUGCUAGUAAGCAUCCCUCGAUACCAUUCUUUGGAAGGCACUGACAUGAGGCAAAUGGACAAACCUCACUAUUCUCAUUAUGUGGUUCCUCCUCAGUUACAGUUGACUAAAUGGGAUGGGCUCAACCUCUAUCAGAUACUACAGUGCUACUUUGGUCAUGGGCAGGAAUGGCUUAUUGCUCCUGAUUGCUAUAUACCCAACUCAGUGAUUCGUGCCCGUCUUUGGCCAGAAGGUAGCCCAAUAUUCCUACAGUGCAACCUACAUCCACCCCAACGGGAGCUGGGAUGGGAGGAUUUUCAGCCCUUCUUCUUCUGGCACAGCAAGGUAAGAGCUAUAAGCAAUGUUGGACAGCAACCAGAGAAAGAGGAUGAAAACUUCCUAGAAAUGAGAACAUCAAAGGAGGUAACCUACAGUGUCCUUACAGAUGUGGCAAACCGCAGUUGGCUAGGGAAAAGGAUGAGUGAAAUUGCUAUUAACAGCCUGGUCGAGACAAUCCUCAACAUCAUGAUCCAUGCUAAUCCAUUGAAAUACCAGUGCUGUAUUGGUGCACUAGGACAGAUCUUUGCUGCUUACCAGGUGUCUCCGUCUCUGCGCUCAGAGACAGCACAUCGUCUUCUGGAUGAUACUACCAAUCCCAACCCAUUGAUCCGAGAGUUAGCCUGGGAAGGGUUGAAGCGCCUAGGCAUGAUUACUCAUCUCUUUGCCGUGCCCCUGGCACAAGGUUUAAUGGAUAAGGACCAAAGAGUGAGGAGUAAAGCCCUAAUCCUAAUGGCUGAGACUGGAGUCCACCAUAAGACCUCACUCUUAAACUUGAUCCAGAAACGAGACACUUUCCGAGAGAUGCAGCAAGAGAUGAUUGGGGAGGAAUCCCUGGACCAUCUGCUAGGAAUGCGACCCACAGAUCUCCAGAUCCUUUAUACUCAAGUGGAACAGCGACUAAAUGAGAACUUGACUUUGUCAAAAGGAGAAAAAAGGCUUACUUUUUCUUUAGAUGUCUCAAAAUCUUCUGUACCAGGUAGAAAUGUUUCCAUACAACCUCCUCCAAUUCUUGAAGAACCUGAAGUCAAGUCCAGCAAAAGUCAAAAACGAAUCCGAGCAGCUGGCAAAAGGCAUGCCAAAAAAUUGUUGCGAGGUCUCAGAAAGGUGAAAGAGGCAGAAGCUAAACAGGUGAUCACAGAGCCAGCUCCUGUUGAGAGUGAAAGUGAUCAGUCUGAAGCUGUAGAGGUAGAGAAGAUGGAGGAAGCAGCUAUCUAUGCCAAGGCUUCAGUCAGCAGCACAAGGAAGAGCCUAAAAGAAGUUGAAGUUUCAGACAAAGCUAUCACAAAAGAGCACAUUGCUGUGACCAUGAAAUUAGUGAGGAAAAGGCAAAUAGGCUCAGACAAAAAAGAGAAGAAAGCUCCUAAAGCCAUGAAAAUGUACAAGAAGAAAAUAAAAGACCAAGUUUCAGUUGAGGAACCUCUACCACCUAUAACAGAUGCACCUGUGAAGAAAAGGGUUAAAUCAUAUGGGCGAGGUGCUGCUGGAGUGCCUGGACACAGAGCUCUCUCUUUUGACAGUGCAUGGCGGGAUGAUCUAUGUCGUCUUAUGACCCUGAGGAUAUCUGGCUCCCAGGUAAAUAUGUCAGAAGAUCUAAACACUGAGCUAGUGACUAUGGCUGAGAAGGUGCUGACAGAUCGGCACCCCAGCUGGGAACUUUUUCAGGAGAUCUGCCCGGUGUUGAAGAAAAAAAGUGAAGCUAUGCUUGAGGACCUUGACUGGGAUGCAGUUUGGCCAGAAAGAAAGAAAGUUCUUAUCCAUGAGGAAGCAAUUAAAGACAUGGUGAUGAUUACAGAGGAGAAAGAGAUAUUAGAGAAGGAAGAACAAAUGCAAAUGGAAGAAAAGGGCAUGAAAGAGUUGGAGGAAGAGGUUCCAAAAAUAGACAAGAAAAGUUCCUUAGAACUUGGUGGCCUACUCAAGGUAAAACAAAAGGUAAAGAAAUCUAAGAAGAAGGGCUUGAAGCAAGAGAGGAAACCAGUUCAGGAGGAGAGGGAACCAGUUCAGGAGGAGAGGGAACCAGUUCAGGAAGAGAGGGAACCAGUCCAGAAGGAGAGAGAACUAGUCCAGGAGGAAAGGGAAGUAGGCAUAAAACAGGAGACAGUGACCAAAGAAGAGUGGGAUAUGCGUGAAGAACAGGAGGAAAAGGUACAACCAGAAAAGAAAGUAAUUGAGCCAGAUGAAAAAACAAUUAUGGUUGAAAGGGUGCUGUCUUGGAAAGAGUGGAAGGAGUCCUGGGAUCAGUGGGUAAAUGCUUACAGAGAGACAAAAAUAACCUGGGAUGAAUGGAAACAAGAGUGGGACAGGAAACAUUUUCAGCAAAAGGAGAAACACCAGGCAGAAGAGAAGCCAUUCCCAGAUGAUACAGUACAGGAAAAGAAGAAAUGGGAUGAGUGGAAAGAGAUCUGGGAAACUGUAAUAUCCAAAUCCAAGGAUGAGAAAGAAUUGGCUCCAAGGGAAGAAGAACUGUCCCAGGAAUGGGAGGAAGUGUCCCAGGAGUUGAGUGAAGAAGAAAAGCUGCUCCCAGAGGAGCAGAGACAGAUCGAAGAAGAACAGAAACAAGCCGUGUUACAGAACAAACAAGCCAAGCUUGAAAGAAAACGAGCCAGAGAGGAGAGGAGGCUGGCACAAGAAGAGGAGAAACUCGCGCAUGAGGAGAAAAGGCUUGCCCAAGAAGAAAGAAAGCUGGCCAAAGAAUAUGUGACAGUGGUUUCUAGAGGUGGAAAAGUGACCCAAGCAGAGAGGAACAUUGCAGAGAAAGAGGAAAAACUGGCCAUAAGAGAAGAAGAGCUCAGCCAAGAAGCAGAACAAUUAGCCCAGAAAAAGAGGAAACUGGCCAAGAAAUUGGAGAAAAUUUCAAGAGAUGAAGAGAAACUAGUGAAUAAAAUUGAGAGAGUAGCUGAGGUGAAAAGACUAUUGGCCCAGAAAACAGAAACACUGAUGCAAAAGGAACAAAAUAUAGAAUGUCAGGAAAAGGAACUGGAUGAGGAGAUGGAGGACCUAAAAAAGGAUAUGGAGAAACUGAUUGGGGAAGAAAAAAAACUGAUCGAGGAAAAAGAGAACCUGUAUGAAGAAAAUGAGGAUCUGAUUAAGGAAGAGACAAUGCUGGCCUGGCAAGAGGAGCUUCUGACAACUAAAGAGAGAAUACUGGCCCAGGAAGAAGAGAAGCUGAUCCAGGAAGAGAAGUUGGCCCAAGACAUGGGAAAAAUGAUGGAGGAAGAGGAAAGACUGCUCCAGAAAAGAAAGGAACUAAUGGACAACAAAGAGAAACUGGCCCAGGAAAGGAAAAAUCUAGUCUACAACAAACAAGAACUUGAAGACAAGAGGGAGGAACUGGAUGAGAAGGAAGGGAAUCUGGCCCAGAAAACGGAGUAUCUAGCUCAGCAAAAGGAAAAACUGGCUCAAAAGAAAGAGGAUGUCCACUGUGCUAAAGAAAAAUGCAUCAAAGGGAAAGAGCAGAUAGCUCAAGUAAAGAAGAAACUGGGGGUGUACAGGGAAAGGCUGGUUUAUAUAGAGGAGAAGUUGAAGAAGGAAAAUGAAGCACUGAUGGAGAAGAAGGAAAAGAUAGUUGUUGUUGUGAACAGACUGGCUCAGGCAAAUAGAAGUCUGGCUGAAAAACAGGAGAAAUUGGCCCAAGAAAAAAUGAACUUAGCUGAGGAAAAGAUGGUAUUGUACCAGGAAUGUAAACUAUUCAGAGAUGAACCAGAGAUUUUUGAAGAAGAAAUGGCACUGAAUGCAGAAAUGAGGAAGUUGGCCCAGGAGAAGCGGAAGCUGACUCAGGAGAUAGAAAAUCUUGCCAGGAAAGACACUGAAGAUGUUCUACAGAAACGAAGACUGACUGAUCAUGAGAUAGACCUAGUAAAGAAGAGACUGUCACUAGAAGAAAAGUUACUGGCAUAUGAAAAUAGGCUGUUAGCCACAGAGAAAAAGGGCAUUGCCAAGGGAAAACUGGAACUUAGCACAGGACAGAGAAUUUAUGUACAAGGAGAAAGGAAGUUAACCAAGGCAGCAAGAAAAUUGGCUACAGACAAGGAGCCAACACAAACGAGCAGAACCUUAAAGGCACUUCAGAAACUCGUGAGUGAGGAGACCAAAGCAACCCAGGAAGAAACAAAGAUGACAAAGAUAAAACGGACACUCUUAAUUAAGGAAAACAGACUGAGCAAGGAGGAGAACAGACUUGAUAUCAAAGAAUGGGAUGGUUCUAAGGAACAACUAGAAAUGACCAGAGAUGAAAAGAAGUUGGCUAAGAAGCAGAACAAUCUGGCCAAGGAAAUGAUGCAGUUGAAAACCAAAGAGGAAAAAAUAGCUGCUGAAGAAAGUAGAUUGACAAGGGAACAUAGAGAAGUCAUGCAAACUAUAGAGGAGGAAGAAGAGGAAGAAGAGGAGGAGGAAGAAGCAGAGAUAUCUGAGAAAGAAACAGAAAUCCUAUUCUUUAAACCAACAUGGAAAAGAAGAAAAGCACUGGAGAGAUCUGCUACUCUUAAGAAAAAGUUUUACACUUUAUUAGAUACCAUAGAGAAUAAAGAAAAAUUUACUAAAGAAAUGGAAAGUCUGCUCAAUGAAGUAGAGCAAGAGAGUUUGUCUGAGGAAGAGGAAGAAGAAGAAGAGGAGGAAGAGGAAGAGGAGGAAGAAGAAGAGAAGGAGGAUGAAGAAAAAGAAAAGUGGAAGGAGGAGGAAAGGGAAGAAGAGGACAGGGAGGAGGAAGAGAAGAAAAAGAUAAAGAUGCAGGAGGAGAAAGAGGAAGAAGAGGAGGAAGGGUUGGAAGAGAUGGAAGAAAGCAUAAGUGAGGAAGAGAUGGAAAGUCUGAGUGGGACAGAAGAGAAGACAGAAAAGUUGAUAAGCUUAUUGGAAGAAGUGGGCAAAGAAAAAGAGGUCUUAAAGGGGGAGAAAUUAUUUAAGUUACAAGAAGCAAGAAGAAUGGCUCCACAAAAAAGAGAAAUGUUACCUCCCACUGAAAAGGAGUUCUCUGUAAAAGGAUUCCCUGCAGUCAAAGAGAGUGCUGUGAAACUGGUAGCACUGCAACCCCCUCCCAGCAAACUGAUCUCAGUCCCUAUAGAGAUGGGAAGAAGGGUUCUGGCACCACUGGCAAUAAAACAGAUAUCCUGGGGAGAAAAGGCCACAGUACUUGAGACAUCCAGGAUAAUCUCAAAGACAGAGUUCAUGGACAAAGAGAAGGAACUGUUGGAGAAAUCUGAACCUGCACCUGUAUACACACUGGAUACAAUCUUGGAAUCUCAAGAGCAGGACAUAAAGAUACCAUCCACAUCCCAUAUACUGAGGAAGGUCAUGGAAACACAUAAACUCCAACACAAACUACCACAUGCCAAAUGGGAGUGGUUUGUUCAGCAGCAUCCAUCUCUGACAGGAGAAACAGCACAAUUGCCUCUCCCCGAGAUCUUGACAGAAGAACAAUAUUCAGAGGCUAGCCUCUCAGAUGUGGAAUGGAUGCACCAUGUGUUGAAAAGGAUGGAAGCAGGAGAAGAGCUUCCCAGAGAUACUUUUCAUAGGUUGUGUCAACUCCUCAAAGACCUGACAUCAAAGGGAGACCUAGAGUGGCUACACCUGGCCAUACUUGAAGCCAUUGUGAACCGUCACAAGCAGACUACAGAAUCACGAAGCACAAUGAUUCCAAAACACAGUAGGGAACCCAUUAGUCCCAAACACCUCAAAGUGAUUCCUCCUAUAAAAGGAAAGGAAAAGGAAAGUUGGCUAAAACCUUUAGCUGUCCCUGUUUCAGAGUCCCUUCUGACUACCAAGAGGGUUGUAGACCCAAAGGCUAUAAAUUGGCAUCUUCUAGAAGAGCCAUAUAGAGGUGCACGGGUACAGAAAUUAUUUGAUGCUCUCAAGGAAAUACAGACACGACACUUUUAUCCUGUCAAAAGAGACAUUCUCACAGGUCUUCAUGCUUCUGUGGACAGACAAACUCUGGCACUAAUGUUUCAGAAGGACUUGACGGCUUUUAAGGGCAAAGGCAGGUAUCCCAAAUUACCCAAGUUGGAGAAGACAGGGCAGCCCAUCUUGAAAAGAAAGGACAAGGUGCCUCCGUGGGAGACAUUUGUGGCACUGUACCAUGUUCUACGGAUGCUGCAGCAGCGAUAUGCCAAGGACACCACUGCUUGGAUGGAACAGUUCCACCAGCUCAUGGAUCUGUACCAGCUUAAGUCCCCCCAAAUCCAGAGACUGCUGCAGGACCUGCUGCUGAGAGAGGAGCCCCUACCCCAUGAGGUCAUCUGCAAAGAGGCCGUGAAGGCCAUGGAGCUAGUGCCUGGACAGCGGUUGUUCUACUGCCUGAUCUGUGGAGGAGCCCAUAUCCCCAAAAUCCCUCUCGAGUUCCAGGAUGUGAUACCCCUGCCGGAACAAAAUAAUGUGCACACCGUCCACCCCAUAGGCAUUGCCCAGUAUGGAAUCUUAGAACUUGCCUGGAAGAGCCUACCCCAAGCUGAUAUUCAUCUCACAAAGAAAUUUCCCCAUAUCACUGCUCCCAGUCAUAACUUGGGACUGGCUGGAGGUCAGAAGUUUUUAUUUGCAAGUGAAGAAAGGUCUGAUCAUCAGCAACUAGACCUUCAUCUCUAGGAUCUAUACAGAGAUAAGGCCAGGUCCAGGCUUUCUCCUACUUCAGCUCUAGAAACCAAUUUCUGUAUGUGAAAUAAAGAGGAGGCUGUCAUUUGCAAUAAGCCUUGUAAGUCUAUU